UUUCGGGGCUGAACUGGGACGGAGCUGAGGGGGAAACUGGGAGGGUGGGGGCUGAACUGGGCCGUACUGGGAUCCCCCCCAGUUGUGCCCCACAAGUGGCUCCGCCCCGAGCGCUUCCGCCCCACUUCCGCCGCGACGGCCGCGACCCACAGCCAUGGGGCGCUGCCCCAUAACCCUCCUGACCGUCACCUUCUGCGCCCUCGUGGCCACCAACGCCCCCCCGGGGGCCACCGCCGAGGCCACCGCGGGCCACCAACCCCCCAAGAUGGCCGCCGAGGGCCACCAAACCACCACCGAGGGCCACCAAACGGCCAUCGUGGGCCACCAAACGGCCUUAAUGACCACCGUGGGCCACCAAACCACCACUGAGGGCCACCAAACGACCAUUGUGGGCCACCAAACGACCACCGUGGGCCACCAAACGGCCUUAACGACCCCCGUGGGCCACCAAAUGGCCUUAGCGACCACCGAGGGCCACCAAAAGACCAUUGUGGGCCACCAAACGACCCCCGUGGGCCACCAAAUGGCCUUAACGACCACUGAGGGCCACCAAACCACCACUGUGGGCCACCAACCGACCAUCGUGGGCCACCGAAUGACCCCCGUGGGCCACCAAACGCCCUUAAUGCCCACCGAGGGCCACCAAACCACCACUGUGGGCCACCAAAUGACCACCGUGGGCCACCAAAUGACCACCGUGGGCCACCAACCAUCAUUGAAGACCACUGUGGGCCACCAAACCACCACUGUGGGCCACCAAAUGACCACUGUGGGCCACCAACCGCCAUUGGUGGCCACCCCCGGGUUCCCGGUGGCCCCGGAGAGCUCGUGGCACUGGCUGGUAAUCUCGGUAGCCACGGUGGCCGCUUUGGUAGCCGUGGGGUUAUUGGCGGCCAUCUUGCUCCAGCGUCGCCGUCGCCGGUCGGGUUCCGCCAUCUUGGGUGCGUGGGCGGGGCCGUCACCGCUCUGCGAGGACGACGGUGGCCACGUCCAACCUUUAGUGGCCACGGUGGCCACCGGGCAAGAAGGAGCCACGCUCGGCACUUUCCGAGCCCCGACGGAGGCCGUGGGAAUGGAGAAGCUGCCGGAAGCUCCGCCCACGCUUCCGGAAGAGCUCCAAACACUUCCUGUUUGGCAAUCGCCGCCAUCCCAGAAUGGUCAAUAAAGAAAAUGGCCUCCGAGCGGCCCUGAAAUGGCGUCCAAAGGGAGACAUAGGGAGGGGAGACAAGAUGGCUGCCGCCGGGGAGGUGGCCUUGGCAAGAUGGCUGCCAGAUUCAAAAUGGCUGACAAAAUCAAGAUGGCUGACAGAAUCAAGAUGGCUGCUGGGUUCAAGA